AUGCCGCGGGAUCCCUUAAUCGGCCUUGUAGGCAAGCCUUCUGCUGGCAAGAGCACGACUCUAAACAGCUUAACCGAUGCGACGUCUAAAGUUGGAAACUAUCCUUUCACAACGAUUGACCCGCAACGAGCCAUCGGUUAUCUCCAAAUAGCAUGCGCCUGCGAACGCUUCGGUGUACAAGAUAAAUGCAAGCCUAACUAUGGAUCGUGUGUUGAUGGCCGCCGUUCCGUGCCAAUAGAGCUUCUCGACGUAGCUGGACUUGUUCCCGGCGCACAUCAGGGCAGAGGUCUAGGUAAUAAGUUUCUAGACGACCUCCGACAUGCGGAUGCUCUAAUUCAUGUUGUGGAUGCUAGCGGGAGGACGAAUGCUGAGGGCGAAAAUACACGAGGAUAUGACCCCUCCCAGGAUAUAGCCUGGUUACGUGGUGAGAUCGUCGCCUGGAUUAAAGGAAAUCUGUGGGAGAAAUGGGGACAGUUCUCAGGCUAUGGAAGUACGGCAGCAGUAGUGGCACGCACUCUAGACCGUCUUAACCUAAAAGAGCCGCUGGAGCACUGGACCGAGGAGACGGUAGAUCGUGUUGUCAGCACAUUCACUGAUGAGAAAUUCCCCACGGUGAUCGCGCUAAACAAAAUCGACGAUGCUGAUGCUUACACAAAUCUCAUGAAGAUCACUAAGAUGCAGGAUCCCAAUAUGGUGGUCGCAUGUUCGGCGAAGGCCGAGCUGUUCUUACGAAAAAUGGCUAAGCAAGGUUAUAUAAGGUAUACGGAGGGAACUGAGUUUGUGGAUACACGCGAAGAUCUGAUAGCAGACGGCGAUCCAGACGGUGGGGGAUUGAAGGAACUGGAUGAAAAGAAUAAGAACACUAUCGAGGAAUAUAGAGAUAUGAUCUUGUUCCGAUAUGGGUCUACUGGCGUCGUCCAGGUUCUUUCGAAGGCGGCCGAAAUACUCGGUCUUGUGCCCGUCUUCCCCGUACGAAACGUAUCGACUUUCAGCUCCGGUUCAGACACAAAGGUCGCGUUCAGGGAUUGCGUCCUGGUAAAAAAGAACUCAACUGUGGGCGACGUCGCGAGGAAAGUUAUGGGUGAUGCGCCGAUUGCCUACGUAGAAGGAGUGGGAGGCGUUCGAGUUUCGGAAGACGCCGUCGUGACCGCAGGCAAAAACGACGUUUUAUCGUUUAAGAUAGGUCGAGGGUAA